GUGAGUUUUAGCUGAAACUACUGUAAAAGAGAAAGAGACAAGGGACAAUACAAGACAUUAGCACAAAGGUGCCUUAAAAUCUUUGGGGAGGGACAGGUAGGAGAGAGGAGAAACACAUAGUACUGUAAGUGAGAGGAGAAAAAAGUGUGAAGGAAAGGAGAGGUCUGCUGUGGAUCCUGGUCAGCACAGAGUUUCAUCAUGGCCGCCUUGAAGGAGAAGAGGACUUGUGGGCAACGAUGUGAAGACUUUGGCCAUUUUGUCUGGGACUCAGAUGAGGGGAAGUUCAUGGGCAGAACACCAGAGAAAUGGGUGUACAUCAGUCUCUAUUAUGUGUCCUUCUACGCUGUGAUGACCAGCCUUUUCAGCCUCGCCAUCUGGACGCUCAUGUACACCUUGGAUCCGUACACGCCGGACUACCAAGACCGACUAGCAUCUCCGGGGGUGAUGGUGUGGCCGGACACUUAUGGAGAGGAAGUUAUUGAAAUCACCUACAACACGUCAGACAAAGCCAGCUGGAUGAAGAUGACCAAAAUCCUCAAUGAGUUCCUGGAGCCCUACAAUGACACCAAGCAGCUUGAGUGUAACAACUAUAACUGCACAAAGGGAAAGUACUUCCUCCAGAAACACUUCCUCGGACCUGACCACACCAAGUACUCAUGUCCCUUCCUGCAAAGCAUGCUGGGACCCUGCUCAGGAUUUGAGGACUCAACCUUUGGCUACAACUGCUCCAUGCCUUGUGUCAUCAUUAAGAUGAACAGAAUCAUCAACUAUUUGCCUACUAAUCGCACAGACGUUGCCCCUUAUGUAAACUGCACUGUACUGGAAGGGGAAGGAAAUGUGGCCAAAAUUGAGUAUUUCCCUGAAAAUGGAAAUAUGGAUCCCUCUUACUUCCCUUACUACGGGAGGCUGGCACAGCCUUCUUACGUCAACCCGUUGGUGGCUGUUCGGUUCAGCCUGGUCGGAGCGAAGCACGCUAAGAUCCAGUGUAGAGUGGUCUCAGAAAAGAUCAGCUACGAAAACUACCACGACCCCUACGAGGGAAAAGUCAUCUUCCACCUCAAAGCAUUAAAAUGAGAAACAGUAGAGAAGAUACAGAGAAAUCAGUAACAACAACUAACCUUUCAGUAUCAGAGAUAGAGCAGCUGACGACAGAUAAACUAUUAUUUAACGACCUUUAAACCACUUUAUUCGUUUAGACACAAGAGGUUGCAGUGAAACUAUUGUAAUGUGUUCACAGCAGUAUCUUGCAUAAACAACACGUUCAAUAAUAAUCCAGUACCUUUUGGUAACACUCUUUAAACUCCUUGUAUUGUUACAUUUCUAUGGUGCUUUUAUGAACAUGAUUGUCAUGCUUUGCUGAGUGAUUCAUGACACUCUUUGUCUUGUGAUUUUACAUGAAAUAAAAAUUAAAUCUUCAUAUUGUCAUGUAACCCUGAUUAAGGUUUACCAAUGUAACCAUCUGUCUGCUCGUCAAACUAAGUAUUAUACCACAGUUGGCAUCACCAAAACCAAAGUUACCAGUUAUAAAGUUGUUAAAUAAAUAAACCUCCAAAAAAGGGUGUUGAGAUUAUCUUUGGGAUUUAAAACUCUAAAAACUCUACAUUACAACCAUGACUCAUAAGAACACAUUGUUUUUAUUUUGAAGGGGUCACAAGCCAAAAAAGUUGUGAAACAGUGGAUUAAAAGACUCAGUGACAUUUAUUUAUAUGGAGUCAUUAAGUCUAGCUUUCUACUAGAUGUGUUUCCUGCACUAUUUAUUAAUGUCACUAAUGCAGUUAACAUUGUCUUGACUUUGACAGUUGCCAUAUUUUUAAAUGCUGCAAAGUAAACGUUUACCACUAUAAAAUGUCAUAAAUGAAAGACAAAAAUGAAGGCACGAAGAGCCUGACGUGGAGUUGAGAGGGGGAGGUCAUGUAUGUGAGUAUUGGGGGCAGAGUAAGGAGGUAACAGAGAGAUUUAGAAGAUUACAGCUUUAUGGUCGGACCGAGGGAAGUCUAGAAAUUCCAGAGAUGCCUCAGACCACUGACUAACUGGAUGGAGUUAAAAACUUCAAAGCAAUACAAAUCAAAAGGUAAGGAAACAUGGGCAUUAAGAUCACCAGCAAAUAAAAAAUUCCUUCAUAUCAAGGUAUAAUACGAUAUUGAAGUUCAGACAAUAAUCAGGAUUUAAAAAUGUUCUUCAGAGAAAGUAAUGCAAUCUGAGAACAGAGUGAAUACAAACUAAAAUCAAUAAAAUAAUGAUGUAUCUUCUUGUUUUUAAUAAAUACAUUAUCAUUGUUAGUUAUGACCAACAACACAGGAAUGGAAACUCAAUCCACUACACAGGAAAAGAGAAAAAUACCCCUCUGUUUUGACGAAGGAAAAUGUGAAAUAUAUAA